CUUCUUGUCACAAUCCCUAAUCCAGAUUGUAAAAGUUACGAAAUAAGGCAGCGGAAAGCCGGAAACUGCAGUCGAAUCGUUAAGGUUAUAACUUUCAACCUCAAAGAAUCAAAAUCACAAUUCAUAAGGGCGUCUACAUCAAUCGCAGAAAUGUGGAGAACUGCUAUGGCACGCGCCUCCGGCGCUAUUCGGUCGAAGUUGCCGGAAAUCACCACCACACCAUUCCACCGAUACUACGCUUCGAGCACCAACUCUCCUUCUGCAGUAGUUAACUCCAUGAUCCUCCGUUCUCUUAAAGAACAUUACACUGAAGUCUCCAAAAUGGCCCCUCCCCCUAAGGUGAGUCCUCCAGAGCCAUUUACAGUGGUGAAAGGGGCACUAGACAGUGGCGGUCCGGUUCUGACACGAGUGUAUGGCGAUGAGGAGAUCAGGUUAUCGGUUAUGCGGAUGAUUAACAUUCUCCCCGAAGUGGAUCCUUCUGAGAUUGACGGGGAUGAUGAGAUUAAUCAGCUGUUUCUUCAUGUUGAUGUAUCGAAGCCCAAUAAAGACUAUGUUUUGCAUUUCCUGUGCGGGUUGUACCCUGAUGCAGUGGGAAUUCAUUCUGUUUCAUUAAGGCAUAAGCUUGAAACUUCAGGGCUCCUUGAGGUUCCAUCUAAAUACAAUGGUCCAAGUUUUGAGGCCCUUGAUGAUAGAAUGAGGGAUGCAUUUCAUGGUUACAUUGAAGAACGAGGUAUAAAUGAUGGUUUAUUUCCCUUCUUACAAGCAUGGCUUUAUGUGAAGGAUCACCGCGGUCUUAUGCAUUGGUUCAAAUCAGUCGGGACAUGCGUUAAAAAAGCCAAUUAAGCUUUCAUUCGACUUCUUAUUUUGCCGGCUAAAGUGGACAAUUGUGACACUUUUUUUUUUUAUUUUACUCGCUUGCUUUAGUAUGAUUAUAAUCACUUUCAAUGUAUUAUAACGUUAAACCUUUAAUUGCUUAUCGUGUCAGUUAUCAGGUAGAGAUGUUUGGUUUUUUUUC